UUUAAUCAAACCGGUGGCUUACGCCGUAGUUCUCGUCGUGUCAAAACAAUUGCUAAGGAUCCCGAUUUCAUCGUAAAUUUUGGUGACGAUGAUGAAGAUUACUUGGAGCAUGAAGACAAUAAAGUGGAGGCUACUGGAGCUAAGAGUAAACAAAAGCCUCGGUCCAGAGAUGGCGGCUUUUAUAUGCAAACUGAGGACGAAGAAUACUAUGAAGAGACAGAGGAAGAUGGAGUCAAUAUGAACUGUGGUACUGCUUCCACUUCAUCUGUUAGAAAUAGACCGCAUCAACGAUAUAUAAAACUUCCCGAAGAGGAUAAAGAUUAUCUCUUAGAAGAUGAAGAGGAGGAUUUUGGCCCUGAGGACUGGCGCGACCGUCGUAUGAACGAUCGUGAUGCCAGGCGUCGACAGAAUGCUGGCAGAACUCGUCCAUCUAGGAAUAAGGUCCAUUUAUUCCUUUUUAUUAUGAAAUUAUGA